AGAGGCACAGACCUCUGGCCCCGGCAGGGUUCGUCGAACAGCCUCGCUCUUUUCAACCAGCCAGACUGCAAGGAACGCAAAGGACAAACUAGCGAUCCCCGCUCAUGUAUUUCGGCUCCAUUGGCUCACGCCAGUCAGAUCAACCUGACCUAUCAAGAGCGAUGGUUCCUGGACUUUUUCCGCCGUGUCACAUCACAUACCAAUGCGACCUACUUCAAUAAAGCAUUCUGGGGAAUGCUUGUCCAUCAAGCGAGCGAAAUCCAGCCUGCUGUUCGUCACGCUGCUAUCGGUAUAGGUUCUCUGCACUGGGGUGGUAUGAUGAAAACAGCAGCUGCUGGUCAGAUAACGUCGUUCUCUCUUCGGCAAUGCAGCAAGUCACUGGAGCAUCUGCGACAAAACCUAACCGCAGAUAUUGGACGACGUCCACGUAUGGAAACAGUCUUAGUUUCCUGUGGGAUUUUGCUAGCGUUCGCUUUCAGCCAGGGUGAUGCGAAGGCGGGUGGCUGCCAUCUCCGCGCGGGCUAUGAGUUGUUACAAAAAUGGCAAAAAGUGAAAAUGGACAAAAGCCCAUUUCUACCAAAUUCACUUGGAUUGGCCGUCCCUCUUGACCUAGAGCCUGGCUCUAAGAGCUAUUCUUAUCCGCUUCAGCUCGCAGCGGAAUAUCAACUCGAUGUACUGAUCGAGACACCGGAAGAGGCAUGUGGCUCGUUGCUAAUUCUUGGAUGGUUGGCUUUGCAGAUGAAACCUCAACUAUCUACUGGCACGUUUGCCGAAAGCACCCCUUCCGCUGUCUUGAAAAGGCUUCAGAAUUGGAAACAUUUGAUCCUACAGCGUGGCCAGUCGCAAGCGAGGCGAGAUACGAUUGCGAUUCUUGAUAUCUGGAGUGAAGUUCUUCUUAUCAAAAGCCUCACUGAUGGCCGACUUUGGGAAUGUGAGAUGAGAUACGACGAUUAUUCAUCCCAUUUCUUGCGUACAAUUCAACAGGGGAAGAGGUUCAUGGCCCAGAGAUCGUUACAAGACUCUUGGGUGAGGUCGGGAGUCGUGGCACCUCUUUUUUUCUGUGCAUUCAAAUGUCGCGAUUGGGUAAUUAGACGAGAGGCCCUACACUUGCUUAGCGGGUGCGGCAGCGAGCAAGGAAUUUGGUCGAUAUCAAAGCCCUCUCUGGUGUUAGAUCGUCUGAUCAAGAUAGAAACCAGAGAUUGUCAGUCUUGGGAAACGAUCCCGGAGUCUGCCAGGAUUGAUGCUGUCCGUGUUGAGUUCCUAUCAGGAGAGACAAAGUUCGCUUUGACGGGGAGGGCCAGCCCCGCUCACCUGUGUACGGAGUAG